AUGAAUAAGUUUAACCUAGCACUCGAAGGGAAGAAGAUCAUUGGGUUUCACGGAUCUGGUGGUCAGAUAGUAUACAAUAUUGGAGCGUAUGUCACUUGGAUAACUCCAACUAAAGUGGAAGCAAAGGGUGGAAAGGGAGGCAAAGAGUGGGAUGAUGAUGGUUAUGACCAGCAAGAUGUAACAAUGAUUCAUGUGCGAGGUGAUUAUGGAGGCAUACAGUCCAUCCAAUUUGACUAUGUAAGAAAUGGAGUACUGAGAAAAGGGGCACUCCAUGGUGCUAGUGGAGGUUUCAGAAUGACGUAUGAGAUUAAGUAUCUCCAAGGGGAAUAUCUAGUGUCUGUUGAGGGUUACUAUGAUGAGGGUUCAAGAGUCAUUCAAGGGAUUCAGUUCAGAACUAACACGAGGACACUUGAAAUGAUGGGAUAUCCCAAAGGUAGGAAGUUUACAGUUGCGUCCAAUGGAAACAAGAUAGUUGGGUUUCAUGGAUAUGCAGACAAGAGGCUCAUCUCUAUUGGAGCAUAUUUCACGACAACUAGUUGUAAAUUGGAAUGCGUUGGUAUUAUCCGAAAGGGAAUAAGUUGGGAUGAUGGUUCUGGUUAUGACGGCAUAAGAAAGGUGUUGGUUUAUGCAGAUACGACAUCGGUAAAGUUUAUCAGCUUCGAGUACGAACACAGAGGCAAAGUCAUUAAGAGUCAUCAACGGAGAUUCCCUGCAGCAAAGGAAUUACAAGAGUUUGUGAUUGAUUAUCCAAAUGAAUUUAUCACGUCUGUGGAGGGUUCAUUCCAAGAUAACUUAAAUUAUUUGGUAAUCAAAACAUCAAAAGGGAGAACCUCUCCGACAUUUGGAAAUGUUAGUUCUGGAACCAGAUUUGUGCUGGAGAAACCAGGGAAUAUCCUUGUUGGGUUCUAUGGAAAAGAAGAAUAUUUUCUCUAUGCUCUUGGAGCAUAUUAUCGCCCCUUGCCUCCUCCUCCUGAUACCGAGAAACUAGAAGCACAAGGUGGUGAUGGAGGAGAUUAUUGGGACGACGGUAGUGCUUUCGACCGUAUAAGAAAAAUAUUCAUUGGACGAACCGAAAACGCUGUAGGUUUUGUCAAGUUUGCGUACGUCCAAAACAAUCGUUUUUCCUUGGGAGAUGAUCAUGGGAACAAGACCUUGCUAUCUGAUCUCGAAGAGUUCACACUGGGUAAUCCUAUGGAAUAUCUCACUUCAGUGGAGGGUAACUAUGAUGAUAAAUCCGGAGUUAUAACCAUGCUUAGAUUCAAUACCAACAUCAUAAGCAACUUUAGGGUUUUUGGAGUCGGUACAACAUCAAGCUUUUUACUCAAGAAGGAUGGACAUAAGAUCGUUGGGUUUUAUGGAAGAUCCAGCAACAUGCUUCAUCAAAUUGGGGUCCAUGUUCUUCCCAUUCUUUAAUGAUCUUUUUAUCUGUUGCACUUCUCGCUUGGUGUUUACAAUGUUGUUUUAUGUGUGUUUCCCACCAACUUCAGUUGAGUUCUGUAAUGAUCUCUUAUCUGUUGCACUUCUCAGCUUGGUGUUUACAAUGUUGUUUUGCUUGUCUUCCCACAAUCUCAUUUACUAUUAAAGACAGCC